CUGCUAGUAUUACUGAAGUAUAUAUAGCUGGCUCUAGGUUGUACAAGCUGGGCAGGUACCCAACGGCAGUCAACCACCUUCCUCGUCAGCUGAGUCGCGAUGGAGGCGCAGACGUUCAUGUUGUGGUUUCAGUUGGACCAGGAGAGACUAGCAGAUCACGAGAUCGAGAUAUUAUCGCGAGUCAAGGCGCUGCCAGGGUUGUUUUGGACAGGGACGUGGACGACAGCAACGGAACAACAACUCGACAAUGGUGGCUUCCUGUACAUCACCGUCAACAGCGAUGGGAGUCACGCGGUGAUGAGGCUAUUCCCAUCCGGGUUCCUGACACUUGAUCUGCAAAGACUCGCAGCAACACAGCUACCAGACAAGCCGCAAGGUUCUUCAGUUAUUACCCACAGUGCAAUACAAAACUUGCAAAACAACCUGGAUACGAAAAAAGGAACACUUGACAUUCCCGGCGUUGAGAAGGAAUUCCUGGUUAGCGGAUCUAGGUCUGAACUUCAAAAACUUGAAAUAAAGAUCAGGUUGUCCUUAUGACAAGG